GAAUAUCGUUAUGUAGGAAUACCAGGAAAUUGGUAUUCCCCAUUCCUUUUCCUUUUCUCUUGUCAGUUUACAUCCAAGUGUAGUUUCAGUGCAAUUAAGUAAUUUGGAAUACUUUGAUUGAGUGACUUUUAUUAUGAAGGCGGAACUAGGAGAAGUUAGGAAUCGACCUCCAUCGACUUUUGUGGCGCGUUGUGGCGUACUCUUAUUGUUGCUAGUUUAUUAUACGCCAGGGUUUGCACUUUGACUUUUUGCGUCGCGUUUGGGAAACCAAGGAAACAACAACGCCUGGAGAACGCUUGAGAAUCUGACAGAUUCAAAAUGCUGGACAGUGUUCAAAUUCGGCGCAGAGGAGCCUACGACUUCGAGGCUUAUUAUGAUAAUGCAUGUGCUAUGCAGGACUCAGUCCCGUUGCCAGCAGUCAAGGCAAAUCUGAGUCAAGGGAUUCUCGCCUUUAACGGGGAUCGUCUCAAACUGACAGAUUGGACUCCUAUACUCAACUGUCUGACAAUCAAUAAACAGCUACACCAUGUCGCAGUCAGCAGCAGCUAUCAAAGUGGUCUCAGCAUCGGAGAGCCAGAAAGGUACAGGUCGGGCUAUCGGAAAAAGAUUCCAGCCAUCCGCUCCAAGGAGAUGACACUCAGACUGUGUAAGGCGCUCCAAGAGUGUCUGACCACCUCACCAAACCUCAAGACCCUCGAACUCCACGGUCUUCCAUUGAGAGAGAGAGACCUUAUUACUCUCACCAAGGUAGGUUUAGCCAAAAAUGUAUCUUUGGAAAAUCUGUCCUUCGCUCACUGUCCUAUAGCAGACGAGGGUUUAGAGGCUAUCUGCCAGAGUGUAAAGUACUCUACAUCUAUAAAAACAGUGGAUUUCACUGGAUGCAAUCUGACCUGGAGAGGAGCGGAGCAUAUGGCCAACAUUAUCAAGCAUCAGGCCGUGCAGAGGCACAGUGUAGCCUGGGUCGAGUCUCUGAGGUACAGGAAGCCUGAGUUUGAGGGCAUGGGAGGCCUCCGUCGGGUCACUCUCAGUGGCAACACGCUGGUGGGAGACAGAGGGGCAGCUGCCCUCGCUAAGGAACUGGCUGAGGACUUCUGGGUCAAAGCGGUGGAUCUGCAGAAGUGUGGUUUGUCCAACAAGGGGACACUUUCUCUAUUGGAGGCUCUAAAAUCCAACACCACUCUUUGUGUCCUGGAUAUCAGGAGGAACCCCUUAGUUGACAACGACCUGGUGAAGACUGUGAUCGAAAGAGUUCUUGCUAACGGUCAGUCCUCUAAGUACUCCUGGAUCAAGCCCCCAUCCCUCAAAGACCCACAGAAGCUUCCUGGCCUUAAGAGAAAAACACUGGGAAAUACAGCUAGAGGAAAAGCAACAAUUAGAAUGGGCCCUCGAAGGUCAUGUUCAUCCAGCAGGCCGAGUCCAGAUGGUCCCCCGCGGCCACGUCGCGGCUCUGGCGGGUGUAUCCCAUGGCGCACCGCAGAACGUGCUGGUCGACAGAGAGGGAUAUCCCUAGAUAACACCGUGGCAAAGCCGAGCUUUGAGGAGGCUGCAUCUGUCAAGGUCACAAUGGAGACGGAGUCAGAGGAGGAAGAGGAGGGAGAGGAGGAAGGUGUUGUCUCAAAAAGCCUGUUAGCACAGAGCCUUCAGGAGAGGAUUACUGUCAGACAGUACAAACGCUUACAGGUGGAGCUGGAGGAAUGUCGGCUGAGGAUAGCGGAGGAGCGGAGGGCCAGACUGAAGACAGAAAGGCGUCUCAUGGAGUAUGAGUUAGAGAAUGCUCGACUGCGAAGUAUCAACUUCUCCCUGUCUGAGGCGCUGCAGGCACCUACUACUGGCUCCCCCAGCGUUUUAGAGGAUGAUGCGGUUCUGGACAGCAUUGAGAGCUCCUUUAGCAAGUUCCAUGCCUUCCUAGACUUGCUCAAGGAUGCUGGACUGGGCCAGUUGGCCUCCAUGGUAGGUAUUGAUCAUUCCGACUUUGGCCCACUCGGGAGACCCCAGUUCUCCUCCCCUGUUGGACAGCCUCUUGAUGGGACAGAGUCAGUGGCAGGGGCCCAGGACACGGGGGAGAAGGCUGAUGCAGCACUCUCAGGAUGUGAAGGCCCAAGUGCUCCUUCAGAGGGCCAGCCCAAUGGAUUCAAAGGGGGUAACCCUAAGGAAGUGCCCCGCAUCCCUGCUAAUGAUCCUGCCAGUGAGACCUGUGUGGAGAAUACUGGUGAAGUGAAUCAACAAAGAGAUACCUCUCCCUCAAAACCAGAGGGGCUACAGGUGUCAGGGUUUGAGCGUGGUCUCUGUAGCAGUGGAUCUGGCAAAGACUCCUAUAGCAGUCACUCUCAGGGUAGCAGUUCCUUUGGCAAAGUUUCCCAGCGUGGUAAUGUCUCUCAACACCGUAAUGGCAAUGGCUCCAAGCAUAGCAACUUCUCUAAUGAUGGCAAUUUCUCACAUGGUUAUAGUUUUAACUACAGCAACGGCUCCCUUGCAAACAGCUCCAUCCAAAGUGAUGGCUCCUAUAGUAACGGUUGGCAUGGUGACAGUUCUGUAAAGUCCAGUGUUAGUGAGCGUGGGAUUUCUGUUGGGUCAGUGGGGUUGAAGGCCUCUGGGGUGGGCAUGGCUCAGAGCUAAAACUGUUCAGAGUUAGAGAUGCAGGAACAGAUCAGCCCUCUGGGAAGCCUGGGUUUUCUGAUGACAGGUUCUGAAACCGCAACUCUGCCAACUGUUUUUUUUUGUCCUUUUUUUUAGUUUAAUUUGUGUUGACUUUUCCUCUUGCAUUGAAGCCAAAUCAGAACACUAAAAAGGUUGUCGUGCUCGUGCUCGUGUAUGGCCAAAUCUGAAAAGUGAUUUUAGCCUUUAGUUAGAUUUCAUGCUUUUGUGGCUUUGUCUUUUAUUUUGUUUUACUGUGAAUCUUUUCUUAUAUACUUCGUGUAAAUAUAUUUUUUUUUACAAUAAAUGUUGAAAAAACAUGUUAAUUUAUAAUUCUGUCGGUUUACACUAGAAAAAGUUUUGUGCCAUUGUGUGUCCCUCAUUUAUUCAAACCAAAGGUUUUCAAUGGGAUUUAAGUCCAGAGACUGAGAUGGUUCUGACAAAAUGUUGAUUUUAUGUUCUAUUAACUUUUUCUUAGAGGAUUGGGAAUACAAGCGCCGAUGCUUUCUUAAUCAACUCCACGUUGCUGUCAUUAAUAAAGCCUGUUUUCCCCUGACAGACUAGAGGGAUUUCCCUCUCUGGUUUUCUGCCUUGGUAGAGCUCACAGACACCCAACUGUCUGAUGUCUAAUUGUAGAUUUGGAGAUGAUGCAGGGUCCUAAAUGGAUCACUGCUACUGUACGCAGUAUAGCUGAAUCAAUGCAAUCAGGAGUUUGUAAAUACAAAGCGGCGUACAGCCAUUGCCAGGGACUUUCAGAG